AUGGCGCUGAGUGCUUUCAUGAUCCUGUGGUUCAUUGGUGCAGUAUGCUUCUGGCAAGCGGAGAAAGCAACUGGAGGCCAGAACUGGUCGUAUUUCAAAGCGAUCUACUUCACCUACGUUGCUCAACUCACUAUCGGAUAUGGCGACUUCGAGCCUCAAGCCAACUCCGCAAAGCCGACGUUCGUGUUUUGGUCUCUGAUUGCACUCCCGACACUGACAGUGCUUAUUGGCGCUCACGUUCCGAGCUUUCUGAGGUUUGCCACAAGCAUGAGCAAGAAGUCUCGGCCAAAAGAAACGCUGAAGGAUGUUCUUACGGAGAAGGAUCAGCCAGAUGCUCGGGGCAUAUCGCAAAACACUUUUGGACAGCUUGCCGCAGAGAAGAUAGAGGAUGCUUACCGGCCUUUCACCAUGCUCCGCGCCGCCCAGACCGUUCUAACACGUCUCGGCGAAGAGCCAGCUUGGCAAUACAUGUACCAGGAGUGGACAUGGUUGAUGAAGUUACUUGGGGAAGAUGAGGAGACGAAGGAAGGCCAUAGGAUCAUCGGGCAGCCUCUCCCAAACGGCAUCGAGGUCUGUCCGGCAGACAGACCGGCAAGUGUGGCCUUGGAUGGGCCAAGUUUUGCGUAA